AUGGCAGCCAUUCACGGGGCUAACGUUGUGGCUUACAAUAUCGCAAGGGAAAUUGUAAAUGACAUGAUUUUCGAGAUGAAAGAUGACAUUUACGAUGAAAUUGAUGAAGAUAGUGAUACAGAUGGCAUAUGUAUCAUCGUACGCCAAGAGGACAAUUCGACACAGACUUGGCAAAAAUGCGAUGAUUCAAACGACAGUAGCGAUGAUACUGACAGAUAUGUCGACACGAUGACUUCAAGAUCAGAAGAUACAGCAAUAGAUGAAGAGGGGAAGGAUGUUUUUGUUGACGCAGAGGAGGAAACAAGUCGAGAAAACCUCCGAAGCAACACUUCGAAUACGGAAACGAAUACGGAAACGAAUGAAGAAAUCGAAGUGGAGGAAGCAGUUCGCGAUACACUCAACAAGAUAAUGACAGAGCUUAUUGAAUCUGAAGAAAUGGCUACUUCUGACCAACAUUCGUCAGUUGGAGCAGAUUAUCUGGCAGAAAACGCAAGUAUUCAACCAAACCAAAAUAGUGAGCUUCCUGGGACGGUUAGAUCAGCAACGGAAAUAGAAGCGUGUUCCGGCAACUCGGCACUGACGGCAUUAGAGGACAUGGACGGGGAAAUUGAAUUUUACGACUCGUAUGCUGUGUUCAGUCCGUAUAAUGGCGGAUCAAGUGUUGUUUGUUCUACCGAGGCUAAUUAUGUACAAGACACGGCAAUUGGAACCGCGUCCGAAAUGUUCAGUGAAGGAUCAAUUCAGAUGUCAGGCGCAAAUAAUGUCGUCUUUUCGCAUCAGGGCUUCGCUAACGUCAACACGACUCAUUACCAAAGUUGCAAUGGUGGAUUUGAGUAUCCUAUCACUGACAACUACGAUGAUGCACACCAAUUCUCUCUAGCUAUGGAUGACUUGGGGAACACCCCAGAAGUUCAAUGCCAAUCACCAAAUGGACUGAUGAAAAAGUGUGAUAUUGCGGAAGAAGAAAAUACAUUGCACGGAAGACCACGGCCUUGUUUCAGCGACUUGGCGGAACCAAACGAUACACAAGAUUUUUAUGAGUCAUCUUAUGGCGACGCCGAUAUAUCGCACACACCCUGUGAAACCCCUAGUGAAACAUGGUACGAUCCCCUGACGUCGGCCGACGACAUCGACGCAUCACAACAUGUCGACACGUUUUCAGAAGACAUAGUCGUCCAGAUUAAUAAUCAAAACCAGGCCGAAACAGCUACGAGUUCGACUCCCGAUUCGCCGGACACACAGAAACCUAUCGACUCUAUACCUACAAGCACCAAUGAAAAUAUUCCACUGUUUCCGAAAUAUUCGCUUAAUCCCGAGUGCGAACCAUUUGUUCCCACUCAAAACUAUAACAGUCAGUACACUGCUUAUAGCAAUGGAGACAACACAUGUCCCACCACAGAAUCCCAUUCCGAGGCUCUAACAUUUGGGGGAGCAUCCCACCUCCCGGCAUACAAUCCCGAGAUCGGAUACCCAAACCAUUUCCAAGGACAGACCUGUAUGUUUCCCAUGCAUCCUUGCACGGACAAUGGGUACUUCGCGGAGGCACUGACCCAGUAUGGACCUGGUCAUUCUGCGUACCCGGUAUAUCCAACAAAUAUGACAGCUCCCAACUCAAAUUUUUAUAACACAGUGUCAUCUUUUCAACAAGCAGACCAACAAUUAGGCCAUCAAAACCAGCAUCUACAGUACCCUAUCACCUCAUCGAACACCGGAAGUCAGUCGACCAACUUCCGGUAUCCAGCGAUCUACCUGUCGGAAGCUGGUCUGAUUACUGUGUUAUUACGUCACGACUUUUCUGUCGAGAUGACUGUAGAUCAGGUAAUCCGGGUUGUCAAUCACAAGAAAAAAAUGGUGGCACUGGUCAGUGGCCAAGGGACUGACUGUUACGUAUUUCAUCCGGCAGCGAAGAUCACACAGGACCUCGAGGUCGUGGAGGUUGAAGUAUUCUUACAGAGGAAAGUCAAAAUGACAACGGAACACAUUAUAUUUGCAAAUAACUUCAAGUGUUAUAAAUUUGACCACGAGGACAUCGAAGAAGAAGAACCUGUAUUCUCUGACCUGCGCAAUGAUUUAUCUGUUGACUUCCUGUUCUCUUCACAACGCGGCAAUGAUACACAACGCGCGGCGAGAUUAGCAGAAGAAGCACAGAUUGAACACAGUGAAAACGGAUGGUCUGUCGUGAAAAUCAACGGGGUCAAAAUCAUUCAGAACGAACGAGGAGAAGUUACUAUCAAUGCCGGACCGAAGUUUAUCCGAAUGUAUCCUAAUAAUAUGUCUCUACAACUCAAAUCCAACUUCCUAGAGGUCAGAAUCGGGAUCAAUUGGAGCGUGAAGGUCAGUCGCGGCUCGCAUGUACUGAACGCGAGCCACUGCGGCUUCAUUGUUACGAACGGUCGAAUAGAAGCUGGAUUUGAUGACGCAAACAAACCAUUUGCUUGCCUACUUCCUCGACGUGUUCCGUUAUUAAGCGACCAUCGUAAGCUCCGACGGCGUUACGGAUCAGGGACCCAUAUCCGGCACAGGAAGCAAGAGGGCGGAAGUUAAUCAAUUGAUUGGAGUUUCACUGAUCGCCAGGCUUCGUUUUAAAUCCGUCAUCGCAAUAUUAGCUAUAAAUAAACCAGUAACAUUUAACUGGCUGGUGACACUUGUUAAACUAUCACAUUGGCGGGUUUUUUCCAGAUUGUGCGUUCAAAAAAUCACAUGGAACAUGUCUUAAACAAUCGUUUCCAGCCAUCGUGUUGCCGUUACAUGAAAACAAGACAUUUGAAACGGAAAUAUAUCGAUUCUAGAUUUGAAUCCCGUGCAAUUAAAAUUCCAUUUACACCGAGCAAGCAUUAACAAUAUAAUUGUUACUAAACUAGUUGAUAUGUGUGUUGUUUGACACUAAUUAGUCAAGUAAUUAAAAGACUGUUAAUAUACAAACAUCGUAGUUCAGUGUUGGUCCGAAUAGGUCACCAGAUUUUGUUGCCACCACAGGAACUUGACAAAUUCAGUAUCGCGCUGUAUUUUAAGCAUAAUACAUAUAUACUGACUGAAGCGUGAACACUUGAAAAUAAUUAUAAUUUCAUCAGAGUCUUAGAACUCUAGAUUACUGUUUACAGUUUUUAGUAAAAUUAUGUACAUAUCGGUUUUCCUAGAUGGGCGGCUUUCAGUCAACUAGAUCUCUCUCUCUCUCUUUGUGUUCUUUUUUUCCCUCUUCAAUAACAACGACUGUAAUUAUGUUAAAAAGAAGAAAAAAAAACCGUUUUCGAUUGACCGACAAACAUUAAUCGUGGCAACUCCGAAAUAACCGGACCUGUCAAGAAAUGUCCGAAACAAUCGCAACAGCGAUCCAAUCCGAGCUUUGAAGGAAUCGGUCGAAAUGCUACGAUCCUCGAUUUCAACACACGUCCAGAAUUAUUACUUUGUAUACAAAAAUACACCACAGACUCCCAGGUACAAUGUGUACCGAUAGUAACUUCAAAAACUAUCUACGUUACUUGCAUAAUGUUAAAAUGAAUGAAUAACCUGACUAACUUCUGCUG